GUCUCGAGCCGGGGGCGCGGGAGGGAGCCGAGCGGGCGGGGAGGAGCCGAGCGCGAGUCUGGCCGGUGUCGCUGCCCCCGUGCUCCCCCCUCCGUCGCUGACAGGCAGCAGCCGGAGCCACCGGGCGGGCGGGCAGCAGAUAUGAUCUCAAACACCAUGAGUACGUGACUUCAGAAAUGGACAACUGGAUCUAUUAUAAAUUGUGAUUGGCCUUAAGCUGACUUGCAACCACAGAAAAACCUCACAGUAUCUCUAUCUCAUUCCUGCUUGAUACCUGUAUAGUCACCUCACGCCACCAGUUCAAUCAUGUAUGGAAGUGCUCGGUCAGUUGGUAAGGUUGAACCAAGCAACCAGAGUCCUGGGCGUUCACCAAGGUUGCCAAGAUCACCGCGCUUGGGUCAUCGUCGAACCAACAGCACAGGUGGGAGCUCUGGAAGCAGUGCUGGGGGUGGGAGUGGGAAAACGCUUUCCAUGGAAAAUAUUCAAUCCUUAAAUGCUGCCUAUGCCACAUCUGGCCCUAUGUAUCUAAGUGACCAUGAGAACGUGGGUGCUGACACCCCUAAAAGCACCAUGACUCUUGGACGAUCCGGGGGGCGGCUGCCUUAUGGUGUUAGGAUGACUGCUAUGGGUAGCAGCCCCAAUAUUGCCAGUAGUGGGGUUGCCAGUGAUACUAUUGCAUUUGGAGACCACCACCUCCCUCCAGUGAGCAUGGCAUCCACUGUGCCUCACUCACUGCGCCAGGCCAGGGAUAACACUAUAAUGGAUCUGCAGACACAGCUCAAAGAGGUGCUACGAGAAAAUGAUUUGUUGCGCAAGGAUGUGGAGGUGAAAGAAAGCAAGCUGAGCUCCUCCAUGAACAGCAUCAAGACUUUCUGGAGUCCCGAGCUAAAGAAGGAGAGAGCCUUGAGAAAAGAUGAAGCUUCCAAAAUCACCAUUUGGAAGGAGCAGUAUAGAGUGGUGCAGGAAGAAAACCAGCACAUGCAGAUGACGAUCCAGGCUCUCCAGGAUGAGCUUCGGAUCCAGCGGGACCUGAACCAGCUGUUCCAGCAGGACAACAGCAGUAGAGCCAGUGAACCGUUUGUGGCAGAGCUGACAGAGGAGAACUUCCAACGGCUUCAUGCAGAGCAUGAGCGCCAGGCCAAGGAACUUUUCCUGCUGCGCAAAACCUUAGAAGAGAUGGAAUUGCGCAUUGAGACUCAGAAGCAGACCUUAAAUGCCCGUGAUGAGUCCAUCAAAAAGCUGCUGGAGAUGUUGCAGAGUAAAGGACUGUCUUCAAAAGCCACAGAGGAGGAUCAUGAGCGGACAAGACGGUUGGCUGAAGCAGAGAUGCAUGUCCACCACCUGGAGAGCCUGCUGGAACAGAAGGAGAAGGAAAACAAUAUGCUGAGAGAGGAGAUGCAUCGUCGGUUUGAAAAUGCCCCUGACUCAGCCAAGACAAAAGCUCUACAAACUGUUAUUGAGAUGAAGGACUCAAAAAUCUCCUCCAUGGAACGUGGCCUCCGUGACUUGGAAGAGGAGAUUCAGAUGCUGAAGUCAAAUGGAGCUCUAAGCACAGAAGAGCGUGAGGAGGAAAUGAAGCAAAUGGAGGUGUACCGUAGUCAUUCCAAAUUCAUGAAAAACAAGGUAGAGCAACUGAAGGAAGAGCUAAGUGCCAAAGAGGCUCAAGGGGAGGAGCUGAAAAAAAGAGUGGCUGGUCUCCAGGCCGAGAUUGGUCAGGUGAAACAGGAGCUGUCACGCAAGGACACUGAGCUGCUGGCCUUGCAGACAAAACUGGAAACCCUCACAAACCAGUUCUCUGACAGCAAGCAGCAUAUCGAGGUGCUGAAAGAAUCUCUUACAGCUAAAGAACAGAGAGCCGCCAUCCUGCAGACAGAGGUGGAUGCACUACGAUUACGUCUGGAGGAAAAAGAGACCAUGCUGAAUAAGAAGACAAAGCAGAUCCAGGAGAUAGCCGAGGAGAAAGGGACUCAAGCAGGAGAAAUACAUGACCUCAAGGACAUGCUGGAUGUGAAAGAACGCAAGGUCAACGUUCUUCAGAAGAAGAUUGAAAAUCUCCAGGAACAGUUAAGAGACAAGGAAAAACAGAUGAGCAGUUUGAAGGAUCGAGUAAAAUCCCUGCAGGCUGACACCACCAACACUGACACUGCCUUGACCACACUGGAAGAAGCACUUGCAGAGAAAGAGCGGACUAUUGAGCGCCUGAAGGAGCAACGGGACAGGGACGAGCGAGAAAAACAAGAGGAGAUUGACAACUAUAAAAAAGAUCUUAAGGACCUGAAAGAAAAAGUCAGCCUCUUGCAAGGAGAUCUCUCUGAGAAAGAGGCUUCCCUGUUGGAUCUGAAGGAACAUGCCUCAUCCCUGGCUUCUUCAGGACUGAAGAAGGAUUCCAGACUCAAGACGCUGGAAAUUGCAUUGGAGCAGAAGAAGGAGGAGUGUCUGAAAAUAGAAACUCAGCUGAAGAAGGCUCAUGAAGCUACACUGGAGGCCAAGGCCAGCCCAGAGCUGAAUGACCGAUUCCAGCAGCUGGAGCGAGAGGUGGCAUUGUACCAGGAAGACACCAGUAAGGCUCAAGCUGAAGUGGAUCGUCUUCUGGAAAUCCUGAAGGAGAUGGAAAAUGAAAAGAAUGAUAAAGAUAAAAAGAUAGCAGAACUUGAGAGCCUCACCUCAAGGCAAGUCAAAGACCAAAAUAAGAAGGUAGCAAACCUGAAGCACAAAGAGCAAGUGGAGAAAAAGAAGAGUGCACAGAUGCUAGAAGAGGCCAGACGGAGGGAGGACAAUCUCAAUGACAGCUCCCAACAGCUUCAGGAUAACCUGCGUAAAAAGGAUGAUCGGAUUGAAGAAUUGGAAGAGGCGCUGAGAGAGAGUGUGCAGAUAACUGCAGAGCGGGAAAUGGUGCUAGCACAAGAGGAAUCAGCCAGGACUAAUGCUGAGAAACAGGUAGAGGAGUUGAUGAUGGCCAUGGAGAAAGUGAAGCAAGAGCUGGAGUCCAUGAAAGCAAAGCUGUCCUCUACCCAGCAGUCUUUAGCUGAGAAGGAGACCCAUUUAACCAACCUACGAGCAGAGAGGAGGAAACAUUUGGAAGAGGUUCUGGAGAUGAAACAAGAAGCUCUUCUAGCUGCCAUCAGUGAAAAAGAUGCCAACAUUGCUCUGCUAGAGCUUUCAUCCUCUAAGAAGAAGACCCAAGAUGAAGUGGCUGCACUGAAGCGAGAGAAGGACCGUCUGGUGCAACAGCUCAAGCAACAGACUCAGAAUCGCAUGAAGUUAAUGGCAGAUAACUAUGAGGAUGACCACCUCAAAUCCUCAUCCCAUUCCAACCAAACCAACCACAAACCCUCUCCAGACCAGAUAAUUCAGCCCCUUUUAGAACUUGACCAGAAUCGCAGCAAAUUGAAGUUGUACAUUGGACACCUGACAGCCCUCUGCCAUGACCGUGACCCCCUGAUUUUGCGUGGACUCACCCCACCUGCUUCCUACCACCUGGAUGAUGACCGGGCAGCUUGGGAGAAAGAGCUGCAGAAGAUGACCCAAGAACAGCUUCAUGGUGAAUUAGAAAAGGGUGAGAGGGACAGCGCUGAGCUGCAGGAGUUUGCCAAUGCCAUCCUACAGCAGAUAGCAGAUCACUGCCCUGACAUUCUGGAGCAAGUCGUCAACGCACUUGAGGAGUCGUCAUGACCUCAGCUGCUAGUCCGAACAGAACAGCACACUCAGUGACCAAGCCCAGUCUGUCCAAGAAGUCAUUAGAAUGGAGAGAAUUGUGAAAGAAAGACAAGGGAACAGGAAAUUUUGGUGCACCUUUUACAAAAGAAAGAAAGGAAAACUUUAUAAAUUACAUGUUAUCUUGGUUCUUCCAGUCUAGGAUUACUGAAUCGUGUCUGCAUUCAUCCUCUCACUGCCUUUCAACUUUGGUAUCUGCUUCCCAGCUAACUUUCUCUUGUUCGUAUUGAGGCUUUUGGAUACAUCUAAGCAGAGACUUGCUGAAUCCAGUCAGCACAGAAGAGGGCUUUUGGACAUGAGUGGCUAUGAUUUUUUCUUGAGGUAGUGAAUGGGGAAGCACUUGUCUUUUGUUGCUGUUUUUUUUCCCAUACAAACUGAAAGCCUGAAUUUCUUAAUACUAAAACUGAGAACACUGAUCAAGGCCCAGAGCUGGUCAGCAUCCACUAGCUCUCUCAGGAUUUGCUGUCUGUCUCUAAAUUAGUGAUUUCUUAUGGAAAGUCUCCUUAUGUGGCCCUACUGGUCAUUUCCAUGCAGUAACUGUGGGACAAGAUAGGCAUAUGGGUGAUUUCUGUUUAUUUAGCCUCACUUUUGUUGUUCAUUGGCUCUGAAGUAUUGAGAAUGGCUUUUUUCAGAAGAAUGUUCUCUUUAGUUGACUUUCUUGGUCUGUCCUAGUUAUUUUGCAUCAUAGUGUACCUCAUCUGUAUCUUGUAAAUUCUUGUUUACAGAGAGCUUCCUUCCUUCAAACAGGCUCUGGGCAGCAGGGAAGUUCCUGGACUUGACUUUUCCCUCUUACCAUUGAUAAUUUUUCAGGCAGUGGCUUUUCUGAAUUCUAAUUGCCAGGAGAGGAGUCCUACACAUUGUCUACAUGAGAAAGUUGCAACAGUUUGACUAAAAGGAAGAAUGGAGACCUCUCUUCAGAGGAGUGCUAAUGUCAUAGACCCCCCUGCCUCACACACCCUGUUUUCUAAACCCAGUGGUAUCUGUUUUUCCUCACCCUUAUAGCUCCCACCCAUAGCUGCUGCUAAUGUUUGUGUUAGGAAAUUCUCAUAUCUGAUAAAGGGUAAAUGGAGCAGCCCCCACACAUCCCAUUGUCAAUCACUGCCAUGAAGGUUUCCUUACAGAGGGUGGUGUGAUAAAGAAUCCUCUGUUGAUUCCAAUAUAAAGCAAAAGUUCUAUUACAUCACCAGUAUACAUACGCCACAAGGACUUCAUUGAACUAAAAAGGAAAGUAGUACAAUCAAGAUGUCUGGGAUUAAAAGAAUCCCCUACUCAACUGAGCAUCUGCACUGACCCAGACAGCGGAAACAGAAGGCUCUGGAUAAAUAACACUGCCCAGUGAAGCUAGUGGGGUGGGAGGAUCAGGCAAAGAGCAAUUUUUGGACUGUGCUGAACUGAGAAGAUAAACUCUUUGCCAAUCACAUGGUCAUGGCAGAGAAUGAGUUUCAGGUUUUUUAAACAAAAUAAUGUUUUUAAUGGGGUUUUUUUCCAUGUAAGAAGAGGAAACCCUAUGCUACAACAGAUCCUUCUGAACAAAAUGGCUGUGUGCAAUUUUUUAAAAAAAGAAAACUUUCAAAACUUUUUAGUGUCAAAUGCAUAAACACAAGAAUCCUGACUUUUUCCAGUGUGUGUGGCGAGUGCUGUAAUCCUAUCAUCGGUAUUUUCCCUGACUUUUUCAGGGUAUUUUUUCCUGUUUUGUUUUCUGCUUGUCAAUAUUGUCUGUGUGGUCCUUUGGCUCGGACAGUACCAACAGUGUGUGUCUGUUGUCAGAUUUUUUUAAAAAGCGAUAGUAGUAGAACUGAAAAAGAUGUGUGUUUAAAAAUAUAAUAAUAAAUGUAAAUAAAAGGAAUUCAAGUUAUGACACAGCAAAGCUCUGACUCCUCCUCCUGGGUUUGUAAGGAAAAGGAUUUGUGGGCUCAUUAUAAUCAAUUGCCUUUAACAGGCUAGUAACAUCAAAACUAGUUUGGCCUUUUAGGAAAUAACCCCAUACUGUAUGUUCCCUCCCCCCUGUUUUACACUGUACAUACUAACCACAGAGUAUAGAAAUGGGAGGGGGAAAUAGUCUUUACUAGUAAGGUUAUCAGCCCAGCAUGUCCUUUAGGUUAUCACUCCUUGAUUUAAAUGGAUUGGAUGCUUUGGGGCAAAUUUUCAGACAUUGGCACUUGAACUGCACCUAUAAAUUAUGUGGGUAUGUGCAAAUGCAUAUUGGCUUCUACAGUUACCAGUUCACAUAGUGCAAUGCUUACGUUGCAGGUGCCUGUUUUUAAAACUGUAUCCAGCAUCUUUUGUGCAGCAUUAAAGGGCUUCCAGCCUUUUUCUGCUCCAGUUGUUUCAAAGACUGGACUAUAUAAAAAGACUUUGUCAACUUAAAACUGCAUAUUGGUAAACAGACACAUUUCUGUACUCAUGUUGUUAGUGACACCUUAAGUUAUUUUAAAUGAAUGUAUUUUUUACAAUUCUACUUUUCACUAUGCUGUUUGUUUACUUUUUGCACUUUUUCUAGUUUGGACAUUGCAAACUAAGGCAAUCAGUUUCACUUUUUUUAAUAGCCAUUUUCACUUUCAUGUCCUGCACUGUUUGGGUUUAUUUGUUCAAAACCAACUGUUUCAGUUAAAAAUAAAAAAUCAGGGAACCAUUUCUAUUAAUAGGCUCUAGUCUUGAACUUUGUAAAAGCUUAGCUCUAUAAAUCUACAUUUCAAGCCAAACAUGAAUUAGACACUGACCCUUUGCUCUACUUUUCCCCAUUCACCCAGCUCUCAAUGGUUCCGAUCAGGUCUCAGUCUCUGUGAAGUGUAUGUAAUAACACUUUUGCUUUUAUCUACUAACCUCAGUAUUUGUGAAGAGCAUUAACUUCCAUUUGGCCUGUACCUGUGACAGACUUGCAGAAUUUAAGUUUUGAGUUCAGUAAUUGUCUCUCAACAUUUAUUGAUGUAUUUGUUACAGUAGUUCCUGGGGCUGCUAUACUGAUAAAGUACUUAAAGAUUUCUGAAGGAGGAUAACUCAGAUGGGACCACAGCCAGGGGAACCAUUUCUGUGCUGAUCCAACAUGCUGCUCCAAGCCCACUAAAACAGUAUUACUGUUUUUCUCUAUUUCACUAACUGAUGGAUAGUACACCAGAUUCUGAUUUACCAAAUUGUUCCUGGGGGUAGCCCAGUGGAUUGUCAUAAGAAAUAAAAUUUGUGGGACACCCGCUCUAUAGUCAGGGAUCCCUUAUUUGCUUUGGAAGAGACAUGUUGCACUUUAGUGGAGGAGGAGAUUGGCUUUGGAUAUAGAGUCUGGCAUACUUGAGUUCCUUUUGGAAAAGCAGCAGCAGGAGACAUUGAUGUCUGUGAUGCAAGUGUGCACGCUGCCUUCAACUUGUAUGUGUUUUAUUGCUGGAGUCAUGUUACUGACAGGAUAAUGAAAUUGCAAAGAAAAUGUGUUAUAUUCAACUUUGCCUUGAUAAUUAUAAACACUUUUUGUUCAU